UCCCGGGACUGGGACAGUCAUGGGACUCUUUUAACCCGCUGUGUCACAUGUUUUGAGAUGACGGACAGGUAAAGGUGAAGCUCAGUGUGGAGAUGCUGCUUUGAAACUUCUGAGGCGGAGGAUGAGAGGGAAGUAGGCGUCGACGUUCAGUGCAACGAGUAGGCUAUAAAAAGGGAGCGAGGAGUAAAAAGGGUUCUUGACCUGAUAUUUGAAGGACUGAGGCAUUAAUUGCUAUACUGCACAAACAAGAAUAAUUUCCUGAGGAGUGAUUGGAUUAUUGACGAACUGACGAGGCCACAGAGAUGGGGAGGAGAGCCAUGAUCUGACUGAACACGAGAGAGAGUUGUUUAUUUUCUCUGGGGCCAAAUUCUUGCUGGACUAAAUGACCUGUAAAGAUGAGGACACUGGUUGGACCAGAGCUGCUGUUACUGCUGUGGCAGAGUGUUUGGGCUUUGGAUGUUCCUCUGGAAACCAGACAACCCCCGACGAUAAUAAAGCAGUCCAUGCAGGAGCAUAUAGUGGACCCCAAAGAAACAAUGGUGAUAGAAUGUGAAGCCAUAGGGACCCCUCAUCCUAUUUUCUCAUGGAGGCGUAACGGGAAAUACUUCAAUGUGGCACGUGACUCCCAUGUAUCGAUGCGCAGGCGCUCAGGAACUCUUGAUAUCUAUGCCCCAAACAAUCCAGAAAAAUAUGAAGCGGAAUAUCAGUGCAUUGCCUCCAAUGAGUAUGGAUCUGCUUACACCCACAAGAUCAGACUUCAACUGUAUAGAGCGCCCGUGUGGCCACGGGAGAUUCUGGAGCCUGUGGUGGUCAGUGCUGGCUUGCCUCUGGUCCUGCCCUGUGACCCUCCACGUGGUCCACCUAAACCUGAAACCCACUGGAUGUCCAGCUGUUCAUAUGCGAGACCUUUCAACUGGCCCAUUCAGACAGCGUUCCCCACCAUGCAGCCUGUGCGGCUGGACCGCAGGGUUUCCAUGGGAAUCAACGGAGAUCUGUAUUUCUCUAAUGUGCUGUUUAAUGACUCCGCCGUUGAUUACUGCUGCAACGCUCGCUUCCCCUACAAGAAUGCCAUUCAGCAGAAGAUGCCUGUGGUUGUGAAGGUACUUACAACUCGCACCGUGGCUGAGGCUGCCCCCACCUGGUUGUCUCCCAAAGGCUCAUCCAGCACUAAACUGGUUCUAAUAGGGGAGGAGUUGCUCCUGGAGUGUAUAGCUGCCGGAGUGCCAACUCCUUAUAUCACCUGGAGCAAGGAUGGAGAGGACCUGCCGGUAACAUCCCGUGUGAAGGUGAAGAACUUCAACAAAUUGAUUCAAAUCCAAAAGGCGUCUUUUGAAGAUGCAGGAGAAUUCGUCUGCACUGCCACCAACAGGAUCAACUACAUUACACACACGAUAAAUGUCAGGGUGAAAGCGGCUCCUUUCUGGUUGGAAAAGCCCACGAAUCUGAUCUUGGCCCCUGAAGAAAAUGGUCAGAUGGUGUGCCGUUCUGAUGGCGCUCCUCGUCCCACGAUCAGCUGGUUCAUUAACGGGGAACCAGUUGAAGAUGCUACACCACAGCCGAACAGGCAAGUGUCUGGGGAUACAAUAACCUUCCGCGGUGUGACGGCUGCAAACAACGCUGUCUACCAGUGCAACGCCUCUAAUCAGUAUGGAUACCUACUGGCCAAUGCAUUUGUCAAUGUGUUACAUGCAACUCCGCGCAUUCUUGGAACCAGAAAUGAAUUCUUUAAGGUGAUAGAGGGAAGUCGUACCUUCUUAGACUGCCGCUUCUUUGGUUCCCCGGUGCCUGAAUUGCGUUGGUCCAAAUAUGGGCAAGGCAAUCUAGAGGGAAACCGUUUCAAGACCCACAGAAAUGGUACUCUGGAGAUCAAACGUAUACAGAUAGAAGACCAGGGAACCUACCUCUGCGUGAUCAGCAACAUCGCAGGAAGAGAUGAGAAUCAAGUCAGAGUGGAGGUCAAAGAACCCAUAGUAAUUGUCACCAGACCACAGAGUAUGAAAGUCAUGCGUGGAAGGGAUGUGCGCCUUGAUUGCGGCGUAACAGCCGAUUCCACCACUCCUGUCACAACCACGUGGAUGAAGAACAAAAAGCAAGUCUCUUUCAGCUGGAGACUUUCUUUGGAUGAAUCAAAUUUGGUCAUUACUAACGUAAACAGAGACGAUGAGGGCAAUUACACAUGCAUUAUUAAGAAUGAGCUGGAACAGAAAUCUGCUUCUGCACACCUAAUGGUGAUAGACCGUCCAAGUCCCCCAACUGACUUGGAGCUGUCCGAUCCAUAUGAACGUAAUGUGCGAUUAAGCUGGGCUCCUGGAGAUAGCAAUCACAGCCCCAUCACAGAGUAUUUAGUCCAGUAUGACGAUGAUGACUGGCUGCCUGGAAAGUGGAGAAACCUAUCAACAUACCCGGGGAACUUCAAUUCAGUCGUUUUGUAUCUCUCACCUUUCACCUACUACGAGUUCAGGGUAAUCGCUAUUAAUGAAGUUGGAGCCAGUCGUCCCAGCCGUCCAUCCACGCGCUUCCAGACCAGCGGAGCACCUCCUGAUAUCAUCCCAAAGAAUGUGAAAGGUGUGGGUACAUGGAGAAAUAACAUGGAAAUCAGCUGGGAGCCUCUCACCUACAGACAGUGGAAUGGACCACACUUGAAGUAUCUGGUGUGGUGGAGAAGGAGAGAGUCCAGAGAAGAGUGGAAGAAUGCAACCACAAAGUGGCUGAAAUACUACAUCUACGAUGCAGAUACCUUCACCCCUUAUGAGAUCAAGGUUCAGGCUGUCAAUGACUUUGGACUGGGACCAGAAUCACCUGUGGUGAUCGGUUAUUCUGGUGAAGACCGUCCAAUAGUUGCGCCCCUGAACCUGAGAGUGUCCGACAUCGAGAGCACUCAGGUUACUGUACACUGGGACUCGGUGACAAGAGAGUCCAUUAUGGGAACACUGAAAGAGUACAAGGUGUACUACUGGAGGGACAGCAGCCAGCUGAGGUGGCUAUGGGUCAACAGAGGAAUGAAGUCCGAAGUGUUUCCAAACAAUGAUCCAGAGCCUUCUGGCGUCCUCGAGGGGCUCAGCCCCUACAGCAACUACAAGAUGUACAUAGUGGUGGCAAACAAUCGAUAUGAAGGGCCGCCCAGUAAUAACAUACAUUUCUCAACACCUGAAGGAGUACCAUCUGUACCCAAAUCCUUCAGAAUUCAACAACGACAUCUGGACAGUAUUUAUGUUGACUGGGACCUGCCAGCAGAGCCCAACGGUAUCAUCAGUGGGUAUACCCUGAAGUACCAGACAGUAAAUGCGACCAAAGGAGAGGAGCUGAGAGUAGAGGAGUUCCCACCUAAUGUGACAAGCUUCUCAGUCCGCCGUUACGACCGCUACACUCGUUACAGGUUCUCUGUAGCUGCACGAACGCAGAUAGGAAUAGGGGAGUGGUACACGGAGGAAUCGCCCCACUACACCACAGAAACAUAUGCUCAGGACCAGGUGGACAUCUCCACUAAGGGUUGGUUCAUUGGGAUCAUGUGUGCCGUGGCUCUCCUCGUGCUCAUCCUUCUCGUGGUCUGCUUCAUCAAGAGGAGUCGAGGGGGGAAAUACCCAGUACGGGAGAAAAAGGACAUUUCAUUGGAGCUAGUGGAUGACAAAGAUCAGGAGGGGUCGUUCGAUUACAGGUCCCUUGAAAGAAUAGCACGUGUCUCCACUAUGCCUUAUUCUCGCAGAGAGGAAGAACGAGGCAUUCAAAGAGCCCAGCCAUCUGUGGAAGCCAUUAUGAAGCGAACAGACAGCGAUGACUCUCUGGUGGAAUAUGGAGAAGGAGGGGAAAUACCCUUCAAUGAGGACGGCUCAUUCAUCGGCCAGUACACGGGAACCAGGAGAGACGUCAGGGAGUUGGACUUCGGUCCGAGUCUGGAGCUCCACUCACCUAUGAACACUAUCUACUCCCUGGCAUGAAGCUCACAUUUAGAACAUCCUCCCUUCUGUGCAUCUCAGCUACUUGUUAGGUGACUUCACUGUGCUUGUACCCUCCACGCUGAUGAUGAAGAUCUGUGUGUGUUUGCGAGGGUGAACGGCCGGAGACGGAGCUGCUAUUAAACCCCUCCUCCUGCUUGAAGACUCAUCAGCUUGAGGAGGAAGACAUGGAAGAGUUGGCAUCAUUUUUCUGCAGACGCGUAUGGAAAUGCCGAUCUAACGAAAAUGAAGACUUAUCUUUUGUCCUGUAAAUCAUGUCUGUCGUCACAUACAUCUAAUUGUCAUGCCACUGGAGAGACACUGGCUGAGGAUCAGUUUAUCAUGUUGAUAAAAGUAGCUGCAAGGCAAACUCGUCAAUUUAUGGUUGCAUUUUUUUUUUCUUUCCCCUAAUUCAGUGCCUUGUUUAACACGUUCUGUGGAUCCUCAUAAGAAUUCAACGGGCCUCUCUAUUAAGUUGAGCAAAAGGCAGUUCGGCAAUUUAAAUUUAAUCUUGCUGACAAAUGACUCCGUUCCCUGCCUUGGUGAGGGAACAACAACCCAAACAAUGUUGGGAGUCAGCAAGAUGGCACAAAAUCAGCUGAGAAAUUAGAAAAAGCACAUGAACUGGUCUCCAAAUGUUGCUCAAGGUGAGGAUUAUUAAUCGUUCUGUAACAGCGUUUAUUUGACUCCUAACAUCCACUGUCUAUUAAGACAACUGUGUCUUCAUUUGAAUAAAGUCAAAGCAUUUAUAUCCAGAUUGCACCAUGACUCUGAGAGUUUAAUCCAGCUCCUCCGUUUGCUUGAAAUCGGUGAUGAUACCCUCAAACUACCAAACAGGAAAUGUGUAACAUGUGUGCUUGUGUUUUUGAGCGUGGAUGGUCUACUAUCAACUGUCAUUUGGAUUCAGUUCACAAAUUAACCACACUGAUUUCACAUACGAAGUUCUGAAUGCAUUACUUGGCAGAUUGUGCAGCUAAAUGUUUCUCCUCAGCUCCUCAAAGGAACUGUCAACAU